AUGAUCAAAUACCUGGCCCUGCUGCUAUUCCUAUUUGGCUGUGCCGUUGCCCAGGAGCCAAGGCGCGAUGCUGAGUGGCCUCCGCCAGCGAUUCUCAAACUGGCAAAGCACUUCCAUGACAUUUGUGCUCCCAAAACGGGAGUUACUGAUGAAUCCAUCAAGGAGUUCAGCGAUGGCCAAAUACACGAGGACGAGGCCCUCAAAUGCUAUAUGAACUGCCUGUUCCACGAGCUCGAGGUGGUCGACGAAAAUGGCGAUGUCCACAUGGAGAAGCUUUUCAACGCAAUCCCAGGGGACAAGCUGAGGAACUUAUUGAUGGAUGCUUCCAAGGGUUGUAUGCAUCCCGAGGGUGACACUCUGUGCCACAAGGCCUGGUGGUUCCAUCAAUGCUGGAAGAAGGCUGAUCCCGUCCACUAUUUCUUGGUCUAAAGUACUUUAAGGCAGAUAUUUUCAGGGUUUCUAAGCGGAUUUAAGAUCUAUUUAAUCUUUAAAUAAUAUACAAAAAUCAAUAUUGCAAACAAA